UCCACGAACAAUAUCAAACAAUCCACCAUGAAAACAUACGGAAUCCUCCUCAUUGCCGGAGUAUUUUUGGCCGGAAUCCUCAACACCGCUGCGCAGAACUGCGGUUGUGCUCCAAACUUGUGCUGCAGCCAGUACGGUUAUUGCGGCACGGGGGUUCAAUACUGUGGAACUGGCUGCCGACAAGGGCCAUGUACCACGUCUCCCAGUCCCACAAAUAAUGCCGAUAUUUCUAGCAUCGUAACGGAUGCAUUCUUCAACGGGAUCGCGAAUCAAGCAGGUGGAGGCUGUGCAGGAAGAGGAUUUUAUACACGCGCCGCCUUUCUUGAAGCCCACAGAAGCCAUAGCCAAUUCGGUAGGAUUGGUUCGGCAGAUGAUUCAAAGAGGGAGAUUGCCGCUUUCUUUGCACAUGUUACGCAUGAAACUGGACAUUUUUGUUACAUUGAAGAAAUAAAUGGCCGCUCACAAAAUUACUGUGACACCGGAUUUCCUCAAUAUCCAUGUAACCCUAGCAAGCGUUACUACGGGAGAGGUCCACUCCAAUUGACAUGGAAUUACAACUAUGCUCAAGCUGGUAGAGCCAUCGGGUUUGAUGGGCUCGGUAACCCUGAUAUUGUGGCCACAAAUCGCGUCAUCUCUUUUCGAACCGCCUUAUGGUAUUGGAUGAAUAGUGUGCGCCCGGUCAUAGGUCAAGGAUUUGGAGCUACUAUUCGAGCUAUCAACGGACCACUGGAAUGUAACGGUCGGAAUACAGCCACUGUAGACUCUCGUGUCCGGUACUAUACUCAAUAUUGUAACCAGCUUGGAGUUGCACCAGGCAAUAACCUUCGAUGUUAGACGGACAUUGAGAUCGAAUAAUAAAUUUAUUUAUGAAUGUACUAUGGCUGUUCGAUGGAAUAAGAUAUAUAUACCUGUACUCUUGUGGUAUAUAUGUCGUGUAUGUAUUAAACAAUAUUAAUAGAAAUAAAUGAAAAUUAAUGUCUUA